CAAAAGGGGCAAAGUCACAUAUAUAAAUUUGUACAUACACUACCUCAUUUUUUAAAACCCAACAACCCAAACCUCUCCAUAGAUCUUCAUAUUUCUUCCUUUGUUCUCUCUCUGCUGCUUCUCUAUCUUCAUGGAGUGGACUAGAGGACCAACAAUAGGCCGCGGCUCCACCGCCACCGUCUCACUAGCCACGGCCGCCCCCUCCGGUGAGCUAUUCGCCGUCAAGACCACCGAGCUCUCUUCCUCUCUGUUCUUGCAGAAAGAACAACAUUUUUUGUCUCAACUAUGUUGUCCUCACAUAGUUAAGUACAUAGGCUAUGACAUUUCAUAUGAAAAUAACAAGCCUGUGUACAAUCUUUGCAUGGAGUAUGUACCUGGUGGCACACUUAAAGAUGCAAUUCAAAGGCAAGGAGGGUGUCUAGUUGAGCCUAUGAUUAGAUCAUACACACGGCAAGUUCUACAAGGCUUGGAAUAUCUUCAUAUGAAUGGCUUGGCGCAUUGUGACAUAAAGAGCCAGAACAUACUGAUUGGCAAGGAUGGUGCAAAAAUUGCUGACUUGGGCUGUGCUAAAUUGGUGGGAAGAGUUGCUGGCAAUGGAGGUUCUGCCACAUCAGCAAUUUCCGGUACUCCGAUGUUCAUGUCACCGGAAGUGGCACGUGGAGAAGAGCAGAGUUUUGCAGCUGAUAUAUGGGCUCUUGGAUGCACAAUCAUUGAAAUGGCUACUGGAAGUACCCCAUGGCCGGAGAUGACUAAUCCGGUAUCAGCUCUUUAUCGGAUUGGUUUUUCCGGUGAGGCGCCAGAGAUUCCAAGGUGGUUGUCAAGUAAAGCUAAAGACUUUUUGAGCAAGUGUUUGAGGAGGGAUCCAAGGGAAAGGUGGACAGCUAAAGAGCUUCUUGAGCAUCCAUUUAUUGCAGAAUUGGAUUCUCUUUCUUUGGAAGUUAAGGACUUUACUACGAGUUCUCCAAUUAGUGUAUUGGAACAGGGUCUUUGGGAUUCAAUGGAAGUGUUGGAAUGUCCUAGGAAUGUACCCCAUGAAGGUAUUUUGUCCAAUUCUCCAGCUGAAAGGAUCAAGAGGUUGAUUGGAAGGACUAUCUCAUCAGUUUCGUGUGAGCCCAAUUGGACUUGGGAUGAAGAUUGGAUCACAGUGAGAAGCAAUGGCAUAGAGGAAAAUGAGAAAUUAGCUGAAAAAUUCGACGAGUUCUUUGCGGAUGAAAUUACAGCUGAAUCUGAAUUAGCCCUGGAUCAAGUUACUCAAAUGGAGGAGUUUGGAGGCUUAAUGUUUGAUGAGGAUUUGUUUGAAUACUCUGUUGACAGUAUUAGUGCCAUUAGUAUUAGGAGAGACUUUGUAAUGGAAUAUGAUAGUGACAAAGAUGAUAUUGUAUUAGCAAUUUUAAAUUUUGAAUCUGAUAAUGAAAAUUUUCGUCUUCUUCCAUCUAAGUUACUUCAUUUGAAUCCUAAUUCAUCCAAUAUGAUCUUUAUCUUGUUUCUGCAAAUAGAAUUUCUUUACAAUCCCCCAAUUCCUUUAAUUUUGCUGGAAAAGCCAAGGUAA